AUGGAAAAAAAAAUAAAGAAAGAAUUUAAAAAUGAAAAGGAUGAAUUAACUUUCAAAAAAAGAAAAAAAGAAGAAAAUACAAAUAAUCUAGAAGAUUAUGUAAAUAAUGAGAUGAAUAAUUUAAAUGUUGGCAUAAAUGAUGAUAUGAAUGAGGUGAACCAUUUGAAAAAUAAUUUGAACAAAACAGAUAAUGAUUUAAAUGAUGAGAUAAAAAACAUGAAUUUAAAUAGAAAUAAAAGUAAAGUUUGCCCAUAUUUACGUACAAUUAAUAGAAAUCUUCUAGACUUCGAUUUUGAAAAAUUAUGUAGCAUUAGUUUGUCAAAUUUACAUGUAUAUGCUUGUUUAGUAUGCGGUUUAUAUUUUCAAGGAAUUGGAAAAGGAACAUAUGCAUAUACUCAUGCUUUAGAAAAAAAUCAUUAUGUUUUUAUUAACUUAGAAACAUGUAAAACUUGUUGUUUACCAGAAAAUUAUGAAAUUGAAGAUGCCUCAUUAAAUGAUAUAAAAUAUUUUUUAAAACCUCUUUACACAAGGGAAGAAGUUGAAUACCUGUGUUUUAAUCCUAUUUUAGGAAAAUCAUUAGAUGGUGCUGAUUUUUUGCCAGGUUGUGUUGGUUUAAACAAUUUAAAAAAUACUGAUUAUUGUAACGUAAUAAUUCAAUUAUUAUGUACUAUUAUACCCUUAAGAAAUAUUUUAUUAUUAUAUGAAAAUAAAAAAAAUAUAGCGAAAAAUUUAAUAAUAGUACUUUCUGAAUUAAUUAAAAAAAUUUACAAUCCUAAAAAUUUUAAAGGAGUUGUAUCUCCUCAUGAAUUUUUACAAGCAGUAGGUAUAGAAUCUAAAAAGAAUUUUAAAAUAGGAACGAAAAAUGAUCCUCUAGAUUUUUUUUUAUGGAUAAUUAAUAAAAUUCAUAAAUAUUCGGAGAAAACUCUGAAAAAAAAAAGAAAAGGAAAUAAUUAUAAAAAUUUGAAAUUAAAAGAAAUUUCUAAAGAUAAAAUGUUGGAAGAAAAUAAUAAUUUUAAGAAGGAAGAAAACAGUUUUACACAGAAAGAAAGUAAUAACAAUAAAAACAGUGUAGACAAAAAAAAAAAAAAGUGGGUAUAUGAGAAAAUAAACAUCAUUGAUUAUUGUUUUGAUGGAGAAUUAAUUAUUAAAACUAAAAGAGAAAAGUCAGAGAUGGAUAAAGUAGAAAAAGAUGGUGAAAAUGAAGAAAAAGAAGUAGCUGAAGAAGAAAUACGUAAAGAAAAAAAAAAAAAUGAAAACAUCCUAGAAGAGGAAAUUGAUGAAGAUGAAUUAAACGAAAAAAAAAACUAUAAAAUUAAAAAAAUUCCAUUUCGUACUCUUUCCUUAAAAUUACCAAAUCCACCAAUCUUUAAAAGUACAACAGAAAGUAAUAUAAUACCUCAAGUUUCUAUUUUUGAGUUGCUAACAAAGUUUGAUGGAGAAACAGAAACCUUUUUGCUUGAUAAGUCUGUUCCUAGUACAUUAAUGAUUUCUAAAUUACCAAAAUAUUUAAUUUUUACUAUUAAAAGGUUUUCAAAAAAUAAUUUUUUUGUUGAAAAAAAUGGAACAAUAGUAAAUUUUGUAAUUAAGAAUUUAGAUAUGAAAGAUUAUGUUCAUCAAGAUUUUCUUACUCAAAAUCCUGUAACCAAAUAUAAUUUAAUUGCAAAUAUAUUUCAUAGUGGUACAGUAAAUCAAGGUUCUUAUAAAAUUCAUGUUUUAAAUCAAUCAACAAAUGAAUGGUAUGAAAUAGAAGAUUUACACGUUAUUUCAAUAUUACCACAAUUAGUUUUACUAUCGGAAUCUUGCAUCCAACUAUAUCAGCGACAAGAUAUACAGUUAGAUGGAGAAAUAAAUCCAAGUUUUUAA